GGUGAAUCGAAUGCCGCCGAAAAAUAUCUGGACAUAGCUGAAGAUUAACGGACAGCGUAGAGGACUAGUAGAUGGAAGGAGGGUGGGAAGACGUAGCUAUGUCUAGCGGGGAAGAGAGAGAGGACGAUGAAGCCGCCGCGGAAGCUAGAGAGCGCCUUUGCCAACAAUUUCGGCUCUGCACUAUCUCCAUUGCCGAAGCCGAAGCGAAGCGAAAUGGUAUGGAAAUUUCUCAACCAAUUGUGGCUUGCAUCGCCGAUAUAGCCUUCAAAUACACCGAACAGUUGGCGAAGGAUCUUGAGUUAUUUGCACAGCAUGCUGGCCGCAAGUCAGUUAAUAUGGAAGAUGUCAUACUUUCAACACAUCGAAACAAGCACCUUGCUGCCACAUUGAGAUCCUUCCGUGAUGACUUGAAAGCGAAAGAACCCCAAACCGAGAGGAAGAGUAGGAAAAGAACAAAAUAGCUAGACAGGGUUGCUGCAGAUGAACUAACUCUUUGCUGGAUGGAUAUUGUGUAGUACAUCUGAUCUCUUAGCUUCACUGAUAACCCCGUGUUCCACAAUGCCACUUCAUUGAUUGUAAUAUUCCUGAAAGGUGCUCUAUUUAUCCUAAGCCUGGGGUUGGUGACAUAUUAUAGGUCGAGAUUUUUUUAAAAACAUAUAUCUGAGGAAAUAGCAUAGGUCCACUGCUUAAAAUUUCAAGACUUGAGCCCAAAAGCUACUAGAUCAGACAGUCAUGGAACUAACAAGUUAUUUACAUUGAACAUAGGUCAACAGUAUCGGAUGAGUUUAAUGCUCCAAACUCACUCGUGAUAUACAAAUUCCGC